CACUGUUCUUUUGGAUCCCCAUACCAUAUCGGCGGUCCUCUUGACCUGCAGCUCAUUUAGAGCUCGACGCUACCGAGUAAGUUGCAUCUCCUUGCAUGGGCAUUUCACAGGCUGAGCUCGUCCCGUCAUUCACCACCAUGCGGGUCAUUUUCCGUGUCAGCGGCCGGCUACAUGACAGCUUCCUGGAUCACCUUGCCUGUAACGAGGAACCCGUCCGUGGAGUUCACAUGUUUAGUCGUCAGGCGGCUCCACUCAGCCCAGCUUAUCCCCUUUCGUCCAUUUCCUUACAAGAAGCUCCCACUCCCACGCGUUGCUGUCCCUCUUGCAGAAAGCCUGCGUCUCCAUGCCGGCCUACUGUCUUCAGGACUGUCACUACUUCUACCGCAGUGCCUUGCGGCUACUCAACAUCAGCACCAGCAUCUCUCCCCUCUACGCUUGACUGACAAACCACCAUGGCAGCUCGCACCUUUACGCAGCCCUCCUCUUUGAACGAAUCACUGGCCACCGCCACCAUGUCUAGCACACAAGAGAACGGCGCGGCCCGCUCUAUGGAAGCAGCGAAGGACGCCCAAAAAGCCUUCUCGUCGGAAGAAAAGGCACCCUUGGCCAACUCUACAAAUCCAAACUCGAAGCCAGGCAUCACGUUUGCUUCUCAGGACAAGCUCCCAAAGCUGCCCAUCCCAGAGCUAGACUCUUCGUGUACGAAGUACUUGGCCGCCUUGAAACCACUACAGAGUGCCAAAGAGCACAACGACAGCCAGCACGCGGUGGAGGAAUUUCUGAAAUCAGACGGAGCUGCGCUGCAAGACAAGCUCAAGAAAUAUGCUAGUGGGAAAGCAAACUACAUCGAGCAGUUCUGGUACGACUCGUAUCUGAACUUCGAUAACCCGGUUGUGCUGAACCUCAACCCCUUCUUCCUUCUUGAAGAUGACCCAACCCCGGCUCGCAACAACCAGGUCACCCGUGCGGCCUCUCUAGUUGUCUCAGCACUCUCGUUUGUUCGAGCAGUACGACUGGAAGAGCUGCCGCCUGACACGAUCCGUGGCCAACCUCUUUGCAUGUACCAAUACUCGAGAUUAUUUGGAACGGCGAGAAUACCCACUGAAAAUGGAUGUCAAAUUGGACAGGAUCCAACCUCAAAACACAUCGUCGUUAUGUGUCACGGCCAGUUCUACUGGUUCGACGUCCUUGACGACAACAACGACCUCAUCAUGACCGAGAAAGAUAUUACUCUGAACCUACAGUCCAUUGUAGAAGAUGCACAAGAAGUUCCCAUCCAAGAAGCUGCAAAAGGAGCACUAGGCGUGCUGAGCACAGAAAACCGAAAGGUGUGGUCUGGCCUGCGAGAUGUGCUGCACCGAGAAGAAGGCUCGAACAAUUCUGACAGCCUGAACAUUGUCGAUUCAGCACUUUUCAUCUUGUGUCUGGAUUACACAGAACCACAGAGUGGCGCAGACCUAUGUAUGAACAUGCUCUGCGGUACCAGCAAGGUCGAGAAGGGCGUACAGGUGGGUACUUGCACAAAUCGAUGGUACGACAAGAUGCAGAUCAUUGUGUGCAAGAACGGAAGUGCAGGUAUCAACUUCGAACAUACCGGUGUUGAUGGUCACACUGUUUUACGCUUUGCCUCAGACGUUUACACAGAUACCAUCCUGCGAUUCGCAAGGACUAUCAACGGCAGCGCACCGAGCUUGUGGGCAACCCAAAGUCCUGACCCUGCGAAGCGCGACCCGGACAGCUUUGGCGACGUCCAAACAACGCCACACAAGCUGGAGUGGGACAUGGUGCCUGAACUGAGCACAGCACUUCGAUUUGCCGAAACCCGCCUUGCAGACCUCAUUCAACAGAAUGAGUUCGCAACGUUGGAGUUCCCCCAUUACGGCAAGAACUUCAUGACAUCCAUGGGCUUCUCGCCUGAUGCAUUCGUGCAGAUGGCUUUCCAGGCCGCUUACUACGGUCUGUACGGCAGAGUAGAGUGUGUCUACGAGCCAGCCAUGACCAAAAUGUUCUACCAUGGGCGGACAGAAGCCAUUCGCUCCGUUACAGAAGAAUCAGUAAACUUCCUCAAGACCUUCUGGGGCGAGAACCCGGCCACAACCAAGAUCGAUGCGCUUCGCAAGGCAUGCCAGAAGCACACCGAGAACACCAAAGUCUGCGCCAAAGCACAGGGACCAGAUCGCCAUCUAUACGCCCUGUACUGCAUCUGGCAGCGCGCCAUCGAGGAAGAUGGCGCCGAAGCAGCCAGCAGCGACGGCUGGGACUCAACACGCCCUUCAAGCCCUGAUGGCGUUGCAUCCCCCAACCGCAACUCCGUCAUGUCCGAAAACGGCAGCAUAUCCAGCUCACCCCCGGCACCAGUGCAGCACUCAAUGCCCGCGCUCUUCGCAGACGCCGGCUGGGACAAGAUCAACACCACGAUCCUCUCGACAUCCAACUGCGGCAACCCGUCGCUCCGCCAAUUCGGCUUCGGCCCAACAUCAGCCGACGGUUUCGGUAUUGGAUACAUCAUCAAAGACGGAUCGAUCUCCAUCUGCGCAUCGUCCAAGCACCGCCAGACAAGCCGCUACAUCGAAGCACUGGAGAGCUACUUCCUCGAAGUGCGGAAACUGCUACGACAAAUCAAGCGCCGCGGGACUUCAGCUGACAAAACAGCCUCGCGUGCCCGCGAAGCAGAAGCCCGGCCCACAGCAGGCCGUUUCAAGAGCCGCGGACGAAACAUCCUGCUCGAAGUGGGCAAGGGACAGACGCCAGCAGAAAGCGUGGCAGACGAAGACGACGAUGAUGGGCUUGGUGGAUAUGGAUUCUUCGACGCCGGCAUGCUGCGCCAGGCGCUCAACGCCAAUCGCCAGAACCAGACUGCCGAACCGGGGGUCGACCGCGACGUGGUGCGGAGGAAUGUGGGGCGGAGACUGAGGUUGAGUGAGUACUAG